UUCACAGUUGUCACUUGUUGAAUUCAUAUUUCAUUCAGAUUUCAGUUUGGAAUCAGGAUUUGGAUUAUUAGCAAUUUAAAUAUUUUCUAUAACUAAUCUUAAUCUACAAAAAUAAGUUUGUUUAAUUAAGACAGUGUAGUCAUGGGUGUCGAUAUACUUGGAUUUGCGUAUGCCGCAACUGUUGCCGCAGGAGGCAUAAUGGGUUAUGCUAAGGCAGGCUCAAUACCUUCUUUGGGAGCAGGCAUCAUUUUUGGAUCUAUAUUAGGUGUUGGCGCAUACCAGCUAAGCCAAGAUCCCUCAAAUUACACAUUAAUGCUCGGAACUACAACAACAUUGGGUGGUUUAAUGGGAUACAGAUAUUACAAUGGCAGGAAGUUCAUGCCCGCUGGUUUAAUGUUUUGUCUAUCGGUUGGUAUGUUAACAAAACUAUUGGUUAAAAAUGUUGGCUCCAGUAGACUACCUGUUAAGUCAAGUUAGAUUUAUGGUUGUAUUUGGUAGAGCACCUAGGUCACUGCAUUUUAAUCACACUUUUUAAAGAAAUUAGCUAAGCUUCUGGUAUAAGUUUACUUUUUGUUAGUAACAGUCUACUUAGUCUGGAAUAACUUAAAGUCAAUGUUAAAGUACAGUACACAAGUAUAAAUAUGUAUAAAGCACAGUAGACUAUAAAAAUACAAUGUGUUGUUAAUAAAUGGAUUAUUCCUAAGAACCAAUUAUUUUGUUUCUUUGACCUUGAUUUACUGAUUGCAGAAAUAUUCACUACAUUUGUUAAAACAAGUUUUGACAGAGAAUGUAAUUUACAUAAUUGUUUCAUUAAGUUUUUGGCUGUAUAUCAAGUUAUUAGUGGUUUUGGCAUUUGCGUGACUGUCCCAAUUUGUAUAUUUUGAUUUAAAAUCAAUUGCAAUUGUUAAUUUUUAUAUAUUAUGGUGAUGGUAGAAUAAAAGCCUUUGUUAUAA